CACACGGGCUACAGGGGAGUUUUGUUGAAGUUGCAAAGUCCGGGAGCCUCCAGAGGGCUGUCGGCGCAGUAGCAGCAAGCAGCAGAGUCGGCGAGCUCCGGCGAGGGCCAGAAGAGCGCAAGGGAACGCGGACAGAGUCCGGACGCGUAGCCCUUUCCAGGCAGCCCAGGCAGAGCCCCAGCUAUGGAACACCAGCUCCUGUGCUGCGAAGUGGAGACCAUCCGCCGCGCGUACCCGGACACCAACCUCCUCAACGACCGGGUGCUGCGGGCCAUGCUGAAGGCGGAGGAGACCUGCGCACCCUCCGUGUCCUACUUCAAGUGUGUGCAGAAGGAAAUUCUGCCGUCCAUGCGGAAGAUCGUGGCCACCUGGAUGCUAGAGGUUUGCGAAGAGCAGAAGUGCGAGGAGGAGGUCUUCCCGCUGGCCAUGAACUACCUGGACCGCUUCCUGUCGUUGGAGCCCCUGAAGAAGAGCCGCCUGCAGCUGCUGGGGGCCACCUGCAUGUUCGUGGCCUCCAAGAUGAAGGAGACCAUCCCCCUGACGGCCGAGAAGUUGUGCAUCUACACUGACAACUCCAUCCGGCCCGAAGAGCUGCUGCAAAUGGAGCUGCUCCUGGUAAACAAACUGAAAUGGAAUCUGGCUGCCAUGACCCCCCAUGAUUUCAUCGAACACUUCCUCUCCAAAAUGCCGGAGGCUGAGGAGAACAAACAGAUCAUCCGAAAACACGCACAGACUUUUGUCGCCUUGUGUGCCACAGAUGUGAAGUUCAUUUCCAACCCACCCUCCAUGGUGGCGGCUGGAAGUGUGGUGGCCGCAGUACAAGGCCUGCACCUGGGGAGCCCCAACAACUUCCUGACCUGCUACCGCCUGACACACUUCCUCUCCAGAGUGAUCAAGUGUGACCCGGACUGCCUGCGUGCCUGCCAGGAGCAGAUCGAGGCUCUGCUGGAGUCCAGCCUUCGUCAGGCCCAGCAGAACUUGGACCCCAAGGCCGCAGAGGAGGAAGAAGAAGAGGAGGAAGAAGCAGACCUGGCCUGCACGCCCACUGACGUGCGGGACGUGGACAUCUGAGGUGCCGCUGCCACCAGGGCACGGAGCAGUGGUUGGCAGCGCCCGCAAGGGAAGAGCCAGUCCUAACUGCUCCUCUAACCAGGUCCCUCUUCUUCGGGACAUUUUGUUACCAGAAGGGAAAGUUUCAUUCUCCUUGUUGGUUUUUGUUCCUUUGCUGUUUCUCCCUCCCAUCUCUGACUUAAGCAAACGGAAAAAAAUUAUCUGAAAACCUUUAAAAAAAAAAAAAAGAGCAAAAGAGAGAGGAUAGAAUUUGCAUAACCUGAGUGGGGGAGGUGAGUUGUACUACAAAAUAGAGGCUUUUAUACCGGCAUAAUCAACUAGUUUAUGUAUUAAUGUGCUUGUGUCUCUGGUAAGAAUAGACAUUAACACACAAGAAGUCUCCAGGGGGGACUAGAUUUGAUUCUUCAUGUUCUGUUUUGGUUUUUUUUCUUAUUUUUUUUUUUCUUUUCCUUUUUUUUCUUUAAGACAUAAAAGCAUUUUAAAAGAGAAAAAUCCCAACAGACCAUUUUUUAAAGUAGAAGAGGAUUUUAGCUAGAAAUAUGUAUUCUUGUGCUCUCCUGGGUGCGCCUGUGCCCCGCUUGUUCAGCCAUGUAGUCACUUGAUAAGCCACAUGUAUGUUCAUUUAUCUCGUAACUAGGUAGAUAUGUAACCUCUUCACCUUAUGGAUGGUUGAUGCAAUCUCUCAAGUCAUAGACUGUGGCAGCCCCAGUGUGCUCAGCCUGCGCCGGAGGAUCCGCAUCCAGGGCCAGGCCUGCGGCUACCAGCCAGUCUCAAGGGAGUGGGAAAGGCCAGCUGUCCCCCUCCUGUGACCCAUUACCAUAGAGAGAAAACGAAAUAGCAACAUAAUAUAUUCUAUUUUUAUAAUCUUCCUAUUUUUGUAGUUAACUGUUUAUGAGAUGCUGGUUUUUUUGGGUUUUUUGAUUUUUUUGUUUUUGUUUUUUUUGUUGUUGUUGUUGUUUUUGGUUUUGGUUUUGGUUUUUACCCAAUGGCCCUGCAGCCUGCUCACAGCCAGGUCAAAUUCACAGCAACUUUCUCUCUCUUUUUUUUUUUUAAUUGUUGUUUUGAUUUUCCUUCUCGGUAUUCUGAAACCAUUCCAUUUCAAAGCACUUUGGGUCCAGUAGUUAGAGGCAAUAUUGUUGUUGAUGUUGUACAUGCAGGGGGGCGGGGGCGGGGCAAAUUUUAAUGGAAUGGUUUAGGAAUAUUCACGUACUUGUACGCAAACAGGAUUGCUAAGCAAGUGCAUGUCACUGCGGGGUUAGCGAGAGGGGGAUGUUUUUUGAAGGUUUUGUUCCAGUCAAGAAGAAACAGAUCUGCAUUCUCAGCAUUGCCAGGAUGAUAGAGAAGUUCCUGUCCUGUAGAGAAAUUAAAGUUCUUAGGAAUCCUUUGGUGCCAGCUGGUGUUUGAAAUUAAGGACCUCAAAGGUUUGCCUAGAGAGCAAGUAGUUUAAGGGUUACUUUUAGGUGUUUCAUGAUGGAAGGUUUUUAAACACUAAAAUAUAUAAUUUAUAGUUAAGGCUAAAAAGAGUAUUUAUUGCAGAGGGUGCUCACAAGGCCAGUAUGAGCUAUAAAGUAAUGCAAUCUCCCCUUGGUUUAAACACACAAACCUUUCUGCCUUUGGUGUCACAGGCUUAAUACAGUUUACGGAAGAUUGGUCCCUUUGUAGACAAGGGGGAAAAUCUCAAGCAAAACCACACAAGACACGGAUUCAGCCUGUUUGGCAUCUUCCAAAGUGGUCUGAUCUGCGAAUCAUCCAGGAAAGUUAGGGUACUUGGAUGAGUUCGAUUCCAACGCACUCUUAUCCCCUGCCCCCUCCUUGAAAAAAGAAGAGUUAGUGACAGGUAGACAAUUUGCACAUCUUGGCUCUGUAGCUUUUUAUUUAGGAAGUGUUGAAGGGAGGUGGCGAGAGCGUGAGGCUGAGGCUGGAGAGAGGACGGGAGGAAGGAAGUGUGGACGGGAAGAGGGGACGGGGCAGUGACCGCGUGAGGGACAGGCUGCGGCUCCGUUUCUUAAUGCGCUGCUACCCAUGACUUCCCGGCACGGUUCGGAAACAAACUCACAUCGCUUCUCUGUAUCUCUUUCACAUUGUUUUGCUGCUAUCGGAGGAUCAGAUUUUUGUUUUGUUUUGUUUUGUUUUGUUUUGUUUUGUUUUACAAUGUCAUAUACUGCCAUGUUCCAGUUUGAAUCGCCUCAUAGAAAAUUGUAUUACAGAUUCCCUUGUUUUGUAGUUGGUUUUUUUCUUUUCUUUUUUUUAUGUGAUCAAUUUUGACUUAAUGUGAUUACUGCUCUAUUCCAAAAAAGGUCCCUGUUCACAAUACCUCAUGCUUCACUUAGCCAUGUGCAGACCCAACAGUUGGGCUCUGUCUGCCUCAGCAGACAGACACACAGACAGGAUCCCAAGACGGGGCCUGGUAGGGGCCAGUGAUGGCCUGCUCCGUGAGCCCCCCGCUGGGCCUCUGGAGACCAGACUUGGGUCUGAGAUCUUUCCCCUGCGCCCGUUGUAUGGGGCUGUUCACCUGAUCCAGGAUGUACCAUCGUAGUAGUUUUGACCGCUGUAUCAUUCUGUAUGUGUAGUUAUGAACAUUACAUUAUUAUUAUUAUUAUUAUUAUAACCAGUCUGUCUUACGUGCCACUGUGGUGCUGGGCCCGUAGGACUCUUGUCAUUCGGGAUGAUUGAAAUUGCUUUCUGGAAUUUGUUCAAGUUUUGGGUGUGUUAAUCUGUUAUUGUACUAGUGUUCUGUCUGUUGUUUUGUUAAUUACAGCAUAAUGCUAAUUUAAAAGAGACUCCAAAUCUCAAUGGAGCCAGCUCACAAUGCUGUGUGCCUGAGUCCCCUAGCAAGCUGCCGAACCAAAAGGAUUUGUGCCCCCGAGGGGUGGUCUGUGCUUGGAGGCCAUCGGCAGGCGCAGGGCCAGCCCUCCACCCCUCCGGAUCACUGCUUUUGCUUACCUCAACCAUUCUGGCUGCGGCGUCUCUGUGUCUGAACUGAGCGGGGUCCUUGGGGGACGGUGUGUCCGCGGUGGUGGGUGAGGGCAGACAUCUCCAAUACUGUGUGCCAAAAGGCCAAAGGCUGGUGGCAGGUCCACGGAGCACAGCAGAGUCUGUCCUGCGAUGUAAAAGUCUGCGAGCGUCUCUGGUCAGUGGGCAGUUUGGGUCCGUGCUUUAGUUGACACCGCAGCGCCUCCCAGCAUGGACAUGUAACCGGCACGUUUCCAGCAGAAAACAAAAGACAAACGUGAAAAGUCUAGAAAUAAAAUCGGUAAAAUCCCA